UUCCACCUGAAAGCCUUGGGUGAUGAAAUAAAUGAUGGAGUAAGUGGGACACGGGGUCUGAAGAAAGCUAUGCUCCACCCAAGCAUUGUCAGAUGUAUAGACAUUGAAAUAGAGGAACCAUCCCAUAACUUUCAGUGUCCUCGCGCGCGAUCUUUGAUAAUAUAUUAUACCACAGUUCUAGUGACAAUCUGCUGGGUUACCGUAUAUUGUCUGUGUUUCUGGUAGUGCCAUGCGCCUUAAUUUUAUCAAGUGGAAAAAAGGAC